GCCAGUUGAUAGCUACCCACCCCGGUAGACGGAGCGGAUUGUUGAUACUUGGAACAUAUAAAGUUGAAAAAUAUUCUUCGAACAUGGGAACGCGAGAUGAUGAAUACGACUAUUUGUUUAAAGUUGUCCUGAUUGGAGAUUCAGGUGUGGGGAAGAGUAACCUGCUGUCCCGUUUCACCCGAAACGAGUUCAACCUGGAGAGCAAGAGCACCAUAGGGGUGGAGUUCGCCACCCGCAGCAUCCAGGUGGACGGAAAGACAAUAAAGGCUCAGAUCUGGGACACGGCAGGACAGGAGCGCUACAGAGCCAUCACCUCAGCGUAUUACCGGGGGGCCGUCGGAGCGCUCCUAGUUUACGACAUCGCCAAGCACUUGACGUACGAGAACGUGGAGCGCUGGCUGAAGGAGCUGAGGGACCACGCCGACAACAACAUCGUCAUCAUGCUGGUGGGGAACAAGAGCGACCUCCGCCACCUCAGGGCCGUUCCUACCGACGAGGCGCGAGCGUUCGCAGAAAAAAACACCUUGUCCUUUAUUGAAACGUCAGCCCUGGACUCCACUAAUGUAGAAGAGGCAUUUAAGAACAUUCUCUCAGAAAUCUACCGGAUCGUAUCUCAGAGGCAAAUAUCAGACAGAUCUGCACACGACGACUCCCCAGGCAACAAUGUUGUGGACAUCAGCGUCCCCCCGACCAUGGACGGUCAAAGGGGCAACAAACUCCCCUGCUGUCAAAGCCUGUGACCCUCAUGUGUUUUCUGCCCGUCUCUUCUGUUCUCCUCUUUGAUUUUCUUCCAACUGCCCGCUUCUCUGAUUAAGUUCUCCUGUUUAAAUGAUGUCAGAUCUUUAAUUUGACUUUCUGUUUUUUUUUCUAUUUGUCUUUCUUUUGGUUUCUAAGACAUCUUACGUAUUUGUGUGGCCAGGUGGAGGGCGCUUCAGGCCAGUGGCUCUUUUAGUAAACUACAGUCUCUUUCUGAUGAUCCUAUUGACCCGCUCCUGCAGAGGGACUGGUGAGGGAUCAGCAGGUCUGCUUAUCGCACUCCACCUCUAUCCGCUCGUCUCCUCUUCCAAGACUGUGUAAAGACUCAUGACACGGUUUUCCACAGUGAAAACUUUUAUCUCCUGUGUGCUUGGCCUGAUUCCUCCCUUUCCUGCUGUAGAGGAGGAACUGAGGAUGGAGAAGGUCUGCUCUGGGUGGAGGUGUGACAUUUCUGCUCUCUACUUUGAGCCCUUUGCCCAUUCUGUUAUUAAAUGGGCAUGAGCCAGAUAUGAGGCUGGCUGUGACUGCCUGAUUUAAUGUGGGCAGAUGGGAAACAAAUGCUGUGAUUUAAUUGUAUGUGUGUUGAUCUUAGAGCACAAAGAUACCAAAGGAAACUAUUGCAGUUCUUAUGCAUUUUCUAGGCUGUUGGCAAGAAAAAACAAAGGUUAACUCUUUAUAGAGAAGCUAUUUUCUGCUGAUUCUUGUCCUUUACUUCAAUUUGACUCUUUGGCUUUCUCCAAAUCCAUGUUUUUGCACUAAUGUCCAGCAAUUUCGCAGAAAUUCAUCCUAUCAUCAUUUCAGACCCUUGGAAAACACCAGGACUGCUGUGUUUGUACUGGGGAAUUUAUCAGCUGCUGCUGUAAUUUCGAAUGUGUUAAAUGUUAAACAGGACUGGGUUUAAAAUCUAAUUAAUCCAAGGACAUUUCAAUCAACAUAAAAAAAAAAAAAAUGCUUAAUUCAACCUUUUAACUUUUUACACUAAGCUGAGAAAAAAAUACAUGAAACAAUCAUUUCAUUAAAUGGAUAAAAGGGCCUUUUUUUUCUUUUUAGAAAAAAUAAGCUUCGUGUUCAGUUUAUCCAAUGUGAUUGUUAGCAUUUCCUCAAAAGUAAAUGCAUGUGAAGUGAGCAGUACUUUUACAUUGUUUAUGAGAUGUUGAAAUAAAGUGUGUGUAAACCGCU